UGAAUGUGUAAAAGUUGGUCAACAUAUUAUAAUGCCGAGAGUGAUAAUUGUGUCCGACUUUGAUGCCACCAUUGACACACAGUUUAAGGGGAGGGACGCCGACAACAGCGAAGACAGAAUUAAAGUACAGAGAGAGCUGUUCAAGUUAGGUCUUACAUAUAAGUCACGUGAUUAUGGCGUAUUUUGCGUUCCUAUUGGGGAGAGCAACCGUCCGGUGACGGAGGGCUUUAUUUCUAAAUGUGGUGGUGAGAUUGUGCCACAUAAAGGUGCAAAAAACGUCGGGAACUAUUAUAGAUACCAGGUGACCAUUGGUCGAGCUUUUGUUGAUUAUGACGAGGGUUUAAAAAAUAACCAAGAUUUGGAUGUGUAUUCGCUUGUACAAAGCACCAUGCCGCAGACUGGUUUAGAUAAGAAGCAUGAGAAAGCCGUUGUUGCAUUGUUGGAAAAGGUUUUACAAAAAGAAGAUGGUAUAGACGAUUCAGAUGAAGAAGAAAUUGUUUCACCUACGGAGAAUAAAGAUAAUGGUGGCGGGAAAGUGAAAUCAAAUUGUUUUGAUGAUGAUGGUGAUGAUGAUGAUGAUGAUGAAGAAGAAGAAGAUGAUGAUGAUCCACCAGAUCUUCCAGAAUGGGUGCCUACAAGAAAUGUGGAUACUAUCGGAUUUGAGGAGCAAGGUGGGUUACCAUCGAUUGGUUCCCGUGUUGUUAGAGGUAAGGACUGGAAAUGGGGGGACCAAGACGCUAAUGGACCAGGAACUGUCGUAGGACACAAACAAAAAGGUAUAGCAUAUAUUUUAUGGGACAACGAUCAGAUCGGGGCUUAUAGACAUAAUCUGAGUGGACAAUAUGAUGUUAUAAAGAGCCAAGAACCAAGGCACGUGACUCCAGGAAAUAUUGAAGUCGGCUGCUGUGUGAUAAGGGGAACGGACUGGAAUCGUGGAGAUGAAGACGGGGGAAGUGGUACUGUCGGUGUUGUAGUACGGAAGUUGACGGAUAGAUACGUUAUGGUAAGAUGGCCGUCAAGAGUGAUUGAAACUUACAAGUUUGGAGCUGAUAACAAGUGGGACUUGGAAGUAACUCAAGAUGUCCCUCAUGCAGCUGGUAAUGACCAAGUAGAAGAACCAGUAGCAAGGCCACCUUCUGUUCCACCUCAGGGUCAACACUCCGAAGAAACGUUGAAGCCUUGGUGGUCAUGGAUGGACAGUCGCGACCAAUGGCGACCUUUCUCGGAACAAAGUGUAGCUAAACUUGAACAUAAGAUGGCAAGCGGACUUCCACAACAACAGUGCUUGGUUGACUAUGAAAAUAAACCGGUAAAAGUAUUCCUAUCACAAAAUAUCUGUGAAAUUGGUGGUGUACAGCACCAUGUCAAAAGAGAAAUGCUAAAAGCAGAUGAGAUUGAAAGCAUGAAAAUGUUGGAGCAAUAUCUAGAGCCUAUAAACUAGGUUGAACUUGCAAAAGAACGUUACAAUUUCUUGAACACCGGACUUUAAAGCUCAAUGGGAGAUUUUCCUUGUGAAACACAAAUUUGGAGAACAUCUCUACUGAUUUUAAAAAGAAAUCUAAUAAGCCACAUGGCUUGCUUAAUUAAAAUGAAAUGUACGUGUUAUAUGAAAUUAAUGUAUGACAUUCAAAAUGGCUGAUUUCUAAAGUUUAGACAAAUAUCACACAAUCUCAUUUUUUUUCUCAUUUGAAUUUGUUGUUUAUAUCGUAUGUGGUGUAUCUAUUUGUACAUAUUUGUCACAAUGUUAAAAUAUUCUUUUAUCUAUGAUUUGACAGGAAGAUUCUUUUCGUAUUUGUAUUAUUUGUAUGUUCAACUUUGUCAAAAUUAUAAUGUAAAUUUAUACUUUUAGAAAACCCACUUUUUAAUUAUAAACAUUCAAGCAUCAUUCCUUGUCUCUUAAGUGAACAUUUGAAGAUGAUACAAAUUUUUUCCAACCAGGAGUACUUUUAAUGUCUCUUAAGCUUGUGUACAAAACAAAAACUUAAUUUAUGUUGAUUUUUAGCCAUCAUUAUUUAGUCACUUUAUUUUUGUUUAAAUCUCAAAAUGUCAUUUUUGCCAUAUUAAUAGAUUAUGUUGACAAAAAUUACACCAUGCAUUUGUAUAAUAUAUACAGAACAACUGCUUAUUGAAAUACUAGAUAUAAUGUUCUUGAAAAUACAAUAAUAUCUUGAAAAUACAUUUGUUUUAAAAUAAGUUUGACUGUGUUUUGCAUUUUGUCGAAAAGAUGACAUGUCGACAGUGAUAGAAUAAACUUUAUCAUGAAAAAACGG